ACACAUUGGUAUGGAGAUUUGGGACUAUAAAUAAGAGAGGUGAAGCCAGCACAGAUCAGACUCACUCUACACAGAGACCUCUACAGCACAGACACACAGCCAUGGCACCUACAGUACCUGCAGCAAUGACCUACUCUAAGGAGCACCUGAUUCUGACCAACAAGCUGAGAAAGCCAGUGGUGGAGAAGAUGCGCAGAGAUCGUAUCAAUAGCAGCAUUGAGCAGCUCAAGUCUCUCCUUGGACCAGCAUUCCUGCAGCAGCAGCCAGACUCCAAGCUGGAGAAAGCAGACGUCCUGGAGAUGGCAGUUUUCUUCCUCAAACGACAGCAGCAGCCAGUGAGCAGCUCCUCCUCACCUGUCAGUCAGGGGUACUCCAGGUGUGUCCAAGAGAUCAAGCAUUUCCUGUCCAGGGAGGAAGUGAUGUCGCAAUCCCAGAAAAGACUGCUGAACCAUUUCCAGAACCUGCCAUCUUCCUCUGAUAUGACCAAGAGUCAGAGUGUGUUGCCUCAGCUGAACUCUCCAGCCAGACAGACCACCAGCAAAGAGGAGACUCCAGUCAAAGGCGCCCUCUGGAGGCCGUGGUAGAGUCCUGCAGAUGCUCACUGGACACUCAGACUAACAGAAUUAAAAAGGCCUGUCUAAUAUGGGCCUGGACAGUAAUUCUCAGCUUGUAGGAAGUGUUUAUCUUCCUCUUCUGCAUGUGCAGGAGGUUAAAUAUAUGCUCUCAAUGAGACAGAAUAAGGCUAACCAGUGUUGGUUCUAACUGAAAGAUUGUAUUCAGAAUUCUCCUUUUCUUCUCUAGGACAUUCUGAGAAAGUGUAUUUUUCUUGAAGUCAGUUAUAUAUUUUUCCUAUAGAGGAUUUAAAAAUUUUAAUUUGUUACAAAAACAUGUUCAAUGCUUUUUUUUAAAAAGCAUCUAUGAUUAUUAUUACUCAGAUUGAGUAUUAUUUUUCCACUGUGGAUAUUCUGCACUUAAUUUACUGGAUUAUGAGGUGUAUGGUUCAGUACAACACAAAAUGUAACCUUCCGUGAAGGAAAGAUGAAAUCUUG